UGAACAUAAGCCCAAAGAUUCAGUUCAACUGCUGUCUCUUCUCGGACCCCCCUUAGUUGGGGUCCCGAUCUAUUUUCGUCCCCAAUAACGCAGUAGGCGACGUAGUGGGGAAAAGUGAGCUGGGCACACAAACGUCAAAACAUGCCGUCCAUAUCGCACCACUAAAUCAACAAGAGCACGAAAAUUCAAAUUUUACGUUUCCCUCGCUGAAAAAAUGUCCAAAUCCAACACCGACAGGGACGUUUGCCCUGUUUUUGCCUCCAGUGGAAAAUGCGGUGAGCAGGACGCCCUCGACGUCAUGGAGCAGUUCCGCAGCUUCUACGAGAACAAACUCAACGAGAUCGACCACCAAGGGGGCGGCGACUGUCUCGAGCUCAAACUCAAGGUCCAGAGGAGAUGGAUCGACGAUCUCACCGAACAGACGCAAAUGAUGGCCAGAAUUGUCAAAGAACUGGAAGAUGAGGCCACGAACAGGGUCCGCAUGCUUGAGGAUAAGUUGCGGCAAACUUCCAAAAGUGCUUAUGAAGUGAUGAAAAGGUACCAAAACUACAGUAUUACACACAAUUUAGAUGAGCCUUUCCAGAAAGUUUUUUACUUGGAAAAUGAUUUGAAAAACUUACUGGAGUUUAUCAGGAGAAUUAGGGAGGACCGCAAGUGGAGUAUCGACGGACUGCAGUUUUAUGACAUCACUUAUAAAGAUUUGUUUGGCAAAGAACAGUACGAUAGCAAUGACAAUAAGGAAAGAAAUUUGGUUCCGGUCGCUUCCAAAGACGCAAAUAAGAGAAAGGGAACACCGUCCGAGGCGAAAGCCGACGAAUCGGUUGACGAAAAUGAGAACAACAAAUGCGGUGAUGUUUUUGAACAGUUGAAAAGGAAAACAAUCGAAUAUGAAGCACUCAGGCAGUCAAUGUUGGAUAUGAGAAGUGCUCUGACCGAAGAAGUGGCCUGUAAGCACGACAUGAUUUCGGCCCUUAAAAAAGAUAUUCAACAGUUGGAGGAACGGUGCGUCCAAGCUGAUAAACAAACAGCCUUCAAGGACGAUAUAAUCAAAGAGUUGCGGAAGGAAAUUAAACAGUUGAAGCAACAAAACAAUGACAAUGAAGCGUCUUUGAGGAAACAACUGGACGAGGCCCACCAGCUGAUCAAACGAAUGAAACCUUGCGUGGAUGUCACGACAACGUUCACGGACAUGGACAACACUUCGGCCGCCAGGCGCCGCGAAAAAGACCUCGAAGACGAAAUUGAGCGUCGCCAACGCGAAGUGAACGAACUCAAAACCAAAUGUGUCGACUUGGAGAAAUGUUUGGCCAGUUCGCAAGGCUGUGCUGCCAAUUUACAAAAAGCGGUCGAUUUGUAUCUCAAUUCCAUUAACGUAUUGGAAGCGUCAGAAGAAAGGGCCAGGAUUGAGAUCGAGCAACAGAAAGUUACCAUUGCUAAUCUCCAACAGGCUUUAGUUUGUGUCAAACAUGAGUUAGACGAAUUGAGACAAAACAAUCAACAAGAAAUCAGUCACUAUCAGUACUUGUGUGACGUUUUUUACGUCAAUUUGUUAGACUUGGAGGAACAAAAGCACAAACUUGAGGCCGAAAAAAACAAAGUUAUAGAGUCGUAUAAAAAACUGAGAGAAUGUAAUUUCGAAUUGGAAGUUGAGCAUUUUAACGCCUUGCAAGAUUUGGCAAUUUCCGAGACACAAUUACACAAAUAUCAAGGGGAAUUUAGGGCUUUUGAGGAGGCUGUUGUGUGCGGCAAAGGUGAGAUUAAGAAAUUGCGCCACCAAAUACGCUACUACGAGCACGUGAUUGAUUGUUUCAAGCAUGAAAUGACGGCUAUGUCGGAACAACUCAUUAAUUUGCAAGAAAUUUUGAACUUAUCGAACAAGUCAUGUAAGGAGGAAAACGGUCAGUUACAUCGCGCUGUAAUUGAGUUACAACGCCUCAGCGAGAAAUUACAGUCAGAUUUGGUCGAUACUGAGAAAAAGGCCUUGGUUGAAAAUCAGAUGAAUCUACUCAAAGAUGCAAAAAUCGACGAAUUACAGCUGGUCAUUAACCAGAAAAAUGCCGACUUGAAUAUGCACGAUGAUGCGAUCAACGAUAUGAAAAUGCGGCUUGAAAAUGCAAUUUUGGAAAAUCACGAAUUGCAAAGUACUAUUGUUUCACUGAAUGCGACAAUAAUGCAACUGCAGUGCAAUCUAGACUGUCGCGAGUUCCAGAAAAAUGAUACUGGGUGUGAAGACCGAAAUUGCAAAAAGUGGCAAAAACUUCAAGCCGAAUAUCGGCAACAGUACGAACUGGUCAAAAACAUGGAGAGAGAAUUGCACCGAAUGAAAGACAAACAUCGGGAAAAAGUCAAACAUUUGCGGCAAGUGAACGAAGACUUGAAAGAUAGAUUGGCGACGAGCGAAUUGGACAACCAACAUUUGCACAAACAGGUGAAGGAGUUGAAACAAACGGGGCGAAAAGACUGUUCCAAGGAACAUGAGUUGGCUCAAGGCAAACAAAUUGUUAUAGAAUUGAGGCAAACAUUAAUUGAACUGAACGAUACUUUGGCCGAGUGUGAUUUCCAGUGUGCCCUUGGUGACGAGUGUCAUUACACUGCUCCAAGGGGGGUGGAUAAGUGUGACUGUUAUACGGGGUGUCGGGACGAAAUUUCAUUAUUUAAGAAAUUGGCCGAGAAUUUGAAGGACAAGUUGGUUGAAAUGAGGAAAAAACUUUCGGACGCUGAGUUGCGUAACAAAUCAUUAAGUGAGGAACUGAAAAAUAAGGACGUGAGACUGAACGAUUUGCAAAAGAGGGCUGAAAUGCACGUCAGUGAGCUUAAGCGACAAGUGGCCGAACUAGAAGCUCGCAAUAAAAUACUCAACGAUGAAUUGAAGUCGAAAGAUGUGCGAGUUGGUGAAGUUCAGAAGAGGGCAGCAAAGAAGGAAAAAGAGCACUGUCAGUGCAUUCAAGAACUGACCGAAAAACUGAAAGAUUCACAAGAGGAGGAACGGCGUUUAUCCGAGUUUAUUGAUAAUUUGAAACGUGAAGUGCAGAAGAAAAUUGAUGAUAAGAAAGCCGUGGCUAACUUUUGCGAAUGUAACGAAAUCAGUGAGACGCAGGAAGAAAUUAGCACGUUGAAAGUCGAGAUCAAGAGCAUGAUAUCGAAUCAAUUGGCUCUGAAUAGCGAGAAUGAUAAGUUGCUGAAACAAGUGACCAGUUUACAAAACACUAUCGUGUCCCUGGAAGAGAAGAAUCGACAGUUGAAGCAGAAAUUGGACAAAUUACACGCUGAAACUAAAAAUUUGAAAGAAAAAAAUAAGUCUUUGACUCGUGAGAAGGAAACGUGCGCUCAAACGAUCAGAAAUUUGGAGUUGGAGUUGAACGAUGCCAAAAACAAUCGAGAUGAUUUGUGUACGGAGAGUAGGUGUGUUGUUAACAAUGUUAAAGCCUGGCUGGAGGAACAAAGGAAGAUCAAUGAUAGAGUGAAGAAAAAAACCCAGUGUUAUUGCGAAACAAUUGCCAAGUUAAAACAAGAGAAUGAGUCGUUGAAUACAGGCCGGAAUUAUUGCACACCUUGCAAUAAAACAAAAAACGAAAGGGGCUGUCGGCCUUGCUCGCCCCCCGUUGAUUGGUUUAUGGGCUCGCAGGGUUCAUCGAAUAGCCCCCCUGAGAGCCCUCCUGAUAGUUGUGCUUGUAGCAUUGAGGAGUGGUAUUCCCCCAAUUUUAGGGACGAGGAGACCGACGACCAGUGUGAAGAGUUCAUUAACUCGCUCGAGGCCGUAACGCAAGAAAUCCGCGAAAAUAACAAAAAAUGGAAUUGCAAAGCAAUGUCAAAAAUUUGUGGUGGGCGAAACAAAAAGUGACAGCGUAUUUCUUAUUUAUACAAUAUUGUAGUUUUGUACUUUUAUAUAACGAGUGACUGCAAUAAAGAUGUGUACUUACAAAAUAA